GUUUUAUACGGCAGUUAAAACACAACCAGGUUAGGAGGACCGCAGAGGAAUUCACGCUGGGUGAAUUUUAAGCAUCAGGUUGCUACAACUUUGGCUAAAGUAAAAACUACAACAGAGUAGAGUGAGAGGUUAUAGUUGUCGUUUACAGAUGACGGGAAGUUGUUAAGCGCUUAGUUUGGUGUUCAGUGCCUCGGUCUUCUCUCCGGCUGACCAAUGCUUCUGCAUCAGUACAUGAACGGAUCCCUGGACGUCAUGCAUCCCACAUCGCUGCAGAAAGACACUACUUUUACUAAAAUCUUUGUCGGUGGGCUGCCGUACCACACGAACGACGCCUCGCUGAGAAAAUAUUUCGAAGCCUUUGGGGACAUUGACGAGGCUGUGGUGAUAACGGACAGGCAGACUGGUAAAUCCAGAGGAUACGGCUUUGUGACAAUGACAGACCGAGGAGCAGCAGAGAGAGCCUGCAAGGACCCCAACCCCAUUAUUGACGGCAGGAAGGCCAAUGUCAACUUGGCUUACCUGGGUGCCAAACCUCGCAGCAUACAGACAGGCAUAUCCAUCGGCGUGCAGCCCAUUCACCCAGCACUCAUCCAGAGGCAGUAUGGAUUGGCCCAGCCAUACAUCUACCCACAAGCAUUUGUGCAACCCAGCCUGGUGCUGCCCACUCAGGUUUCCUCUUCAGUCAGCAGCAGCCCCUACCUGGACUACAGCGCAGCCUACACCCAGUACGCCCAGGCUGCUUUCGAGCAGCAGUACCCAUACGCCGCCUCCCCGGCCGGCUUCCUGAGCUACAGUUACGCCACCAGCCCCACAGCCUCCGCUGGCCCCGCCGCUGCCGCCACAGCCCCAGCCACCGUGCACCCUAACCUCCCUUCAGCCACCGGCCCGGCUCCAGCCUUCCUGCACUACGCCCCACAGCAGCACAUCCAGCCGGACCGUAUGCAGUGAGCCGGGAAGGAAAGGAGGGUGAGGCGGGGGAGUAGCAGUUGCUGACUUGGGGACUAAGGAUGGUAAAACACCCUACAGGGUGACUCUGCUGUUGUUAACAGCCGCUUUCAGGAAAAAAAACAAAAUAAAAAAAGGGUGGGACUAUUGCACUAUAUGAUCAAGAUGGGCUGUUGGCUCAUUGGUAGAAGGGUUGGGAGGACUGUUGGAGUUCAGGUCGGGAAGCUGAACAGCAUUCAGUAUGUGGUCGCUUCCAAGGGCUUCCAGAAGCUGACACUUCAUUUUUUAUUAUCAUUAUUAUUAUUAUUGUUAUUGUUAUUAUUAUUAUUAUUAUUGUUAUUGUUGUUGAUAUUGUUCUUUUUAUUAUUGUUUUAAUGUCCUUGUCAUUGUUUGUAUACCAUUAUUAUCAAUGUUUGCAUGUUUUUGACCCAAUCGGUGGAAGUUAUGCAUGUCCAUGGUACAUUAAUGUGUUGACAUUGUUGGGGACAUUUAACACCUGUCCUUCCAAUCUGAAGUGUGUUGGUUGGAUUUGAUGGACGCUGCUGCUUUAAGACACUGGGGGACAGUCGUAUUGGUAUGGGUAGGGACAUUUCUGUUAGUCUCUGCCGUGAUGCAGGUCCCGGUUUCGUGAACAAACCUCCAGCGUUCAGCUUCACGCAGGAAGUCGAGGACAAAGCAGAAUGUUUCUGUUAAAGACUGUGGGAAUAUUAUUAUUAUUUUCUUUUUAACUCCAGAGGCCUUAAUAAAAAAGGAAAAAAACAGAAACUUUUUUUUUUUUUUUUUAAAUUAAUCUCCUGCUUUUUCAGGUGCCCACCCACCGCCACCACAGAGCCAAGUGCAAAGUGCUUUUUGCAACUUACUGUGUUCAACAGCUGCAUUAAUCUGACUGACCUGAGAUCUGAUAAGUUCAGAUGGAUGUAGAUAAUCAUAAGCAGUAUGUGGGAGGGUUGGGCACCAGGAGCUUUGUAUAUCAUGUUGAAAGGUAGCCGACACUGAGCUCAAACACCAGUGUUUUUCUUUUGUUUUUUUUUGUCAAACUUUCUCUCAAAGGACAUUCAUGUACAGCAUUUUAAGAUGUCAGUCAUCAAGAACAUUGACAAUAUUUAUAUGUAGGUAUUUAUAAGAGGUACUAAGUUAUAAUAGUGGUUUUUUUUAACUGUAGUUGUGGCACGGAUGCAGAGUCACAGCUGCAGAUACACAAAUGUUGAAUUCUGUCUUUUGUUUUUCAUCCUGUUACCAGUCAUUGGAUUUGGCUCUGGCUCUUUGACUGGUUUAAUUGGAACGACUCUACUUUUCUUUGUUUGUUUUUUCUCCAAUAAGAAUGUCUUUUACAGUCCCUUGAAAGAAGCCAUACAAAAAAUAAAAUAAUUUGUACAUAAA